AUGUACCACGAAUGGGAAGACUCAAUAUUACUUGAUCCACAAGGUCCAUACAAUAAAGAUUUACCGAAAUAUAAAAGAGCGGAGGCACCGUUAGCUUGUGAUUUUAAGCAAUUAACCAAAUUGGAACAAGAUGUUAUAAUGAAUCCGUACGCAGCAAUAAUAGCAUCACCUAUAAGGCGUUGCUUCUAUCAUGAACGAUGGUUUCCGAAUGAUUUCUUGGUUAGAUUCAUAAAGGCAUAUGAUGAGAAAACGAAAUCUACAUGGUUAGUUCCUGAUUUUGAAGAAUACGGAGGUAUUAAACGACCUGGCAAAGGAAAAUGGUUGAAACUCAAUUCUACUGCAAUACAAAAAGCCACAAAAGAAG